GAGGAGGAGGUGUGAGGGCAGAGACGGGCAGACAGGAUUACUACGCUAAAUCCUCUUCGUGGCCCAACAAGACAACAGAGCAGGGCAACACAUCCCCCAGACAGACGCUCGCGGUGGUCCCACCCCGUCCGUCGCUGUGGGUUAACUCUGCGUCCAUCCCUGGACCCAGGCGAUGAGGUCGUAGUGCGGCCUGUUUCGGCGUUCACGUCCCCCCCCCCACCGUUCAGAGCCAAGAUGGAGGGAGGGAAGGCCUGUCCUCCUCAGCCGGGAGCCAGAGAGGGGGGCAGGAGCGAGAGGUUGUGUACGCGAGAGGAAUGGACGAGGAGGAGGAACCCCAGCGGGGCGGUGGCGGCAGAGGGAGCCGGCCCCGGUCGGAAGAGGUCGUCGACGUCUUCGCCGCCCCUCCCCUGCUUCUCCCACCACGACGACCGCAGCUCAGCGGCCAGUGGUCUGGACGUGGUGGACCGCCUCACCUACCUGGAGCAGAGGAUGCAGAUGCAGGAGGACGAGAUCCAGCUGCUGAAGAUGACCCUGGCCGACGUGCUGAAGAGGCUCAACGUCUCCGAGGAGCACCAGGCCUCCACCUCCUCCUCCGGCGGGCGGAGGACCCCCGGGGCCAAAGGCAGCAGGCCGGUAUCUCUGGUUCUGCCUCCCAGAAACCCCAUGGGGAACCCGCACGCCGCGUCCCUGAAGAAGAGCACCACGAUGCCCUCUAGCGGUAUGGGAAGGAACUACACCUCUUCACCAACACCCUCCAAAAGCUCUGUGAAGGAUUCGGGGUGUAAGGCUUCCAAGACACGCCCCCCUUCAGCAGCCUCUACCUGCAAGACUGCUGCUGAUAGCAGCGGAGGCCAUCCAGCGAGGGAUCCCUCAUUGACCGUGGGGAGCAGACGGGUGACACAUUGUAAAGUGACCAUGCAGAUCUAUCUGAGCCCCCCAGCAAGAAGGACUGGGUCUUCUGACCACGAGGCCCCGCCCGCCCCCACAACCUCCUUCUUCACCUCCUCCACCACCAUCGCCAGCGGCAGCAACCGUAGUAGCAGCAGUAGCAGCGGCCCCACGGGGGGGGCGGGGGGCCCCCCACCUAUGACACCGGGGGCCGGUCAGGGGCACAGGGGGGGCUCCAGCAGGUCGGAGGGACGGAGGACGAGGCCGGGGUUCACGCUGAACCUGCAGAAGACGCCCAGCGGCCUGGGGCAGGACACCAGCAGCUACAAGAGCCCUCUGAAGUCUCCCAGCCAGUACUUCCAGAUCUGUUAUUAGUGUGUAGGCUGCACAAGGGGUUAUACAAGGGGGUGAAAUGGGGGGGGGGGGGGGGUUAUUUGGAGUCUCCUUUGACAAAAUGCAAAAAAAAAAAAAAAAAUACAAAUUAAAAGGGCUGUGAAGAAAAUAUCCUGUUGUUGAUUUUGGGUUGGUUUAGAGAAGGGUUCCUUUUAGAUCUGUUAGAGAAUAGUACUUGACGAACAGCAUUACACCCUGAAUCAAGGGUGGUUAAAUCCUCAAACUAGAACAAGUUAAAGUCCUCUCAGGAGAAACCAGUCUAAUCCUGGUUUAGGCCUAACCGUUUACUUAAUCAAUGGGUUUUGUUAACCUUGGGAUAAAAAAUACAUCAGAAGACAUUUGCAAAACAUUGUAUUUGUAUAAGGAAUUAAAUUAAAAAAUGAUCAACACUCUUUGAGUUACCAGGGAUUUGGGCCAUACAUGUGUGGUAGUGUCUGUCAUGAAUGACUGCAUAUUUUGAAAGGCAGGGUUUACCAAUACUUAGAUUAGCCAGAGUGCAGUGUGUGGAUUGGAGUUGAUGGGUUGGAUUGUUGUGGAAACUGUUUGUAGCUUCUCCAGAUAUGUUUUUUUGAUGUUGCCUGGCACAUAUUGCAUUAGGUCGUAGCCACACUUUUCCAUCUGCGUUCCACUUGUUUUUUAUCUGUCUGACUGUAUGACUAAUAAAUUGCCUCAAAGUGGCCAAAUGUUUAA